AUGUUCACAGACGGCUAUAUUUGCAGUGUUGUGGCUCCAGUCAUCCCAUAUAUCAUUGAGGACCUAGCACUGGUGCCUGCUGACCAGGUCCAAAUGGCCACUUCAAUCAUCGUCGCCUGCUUCGGUGUAUCUGACAUAGUGGGUGGUCCGCUUUGUGCAUGGUACAUUGACACGACCUCCAACCGCAGAGUGCCGUUCUUGGCGGGACUUGCUUUCAUGGCCACCGGGACUCUUCUCUUCGGUCUUGGAAAUGCAUUCUGGAUUCUCGCUGUGGGUCGCAUCGUGCAGGGAUUCGCAUCCAGUAUCCUCUACACCGCUGGUCUAGCGGUCUUGGUGGACACAGUACCCAAAGAUGAGGUCGGCCAAUGGAUGGGCACUGCAAUGUCUUGCAAUAACAUUGCAAUCAUCUUGUCCCCCGUUCUCGGUGGAUGCAUGUAUGAACUAUUGGGUCGGUCGUGCGUGUUCAUUAGUAUGCUCGGGCUGAUCCUGAUCGACGCCACUUUACGAGUCCUCAUGGUCGACAGGCCCAAUAAGUCGAGUCAGACCAAAUCAAGAAAACAUGACCUUGAUGAGUAUCAAAUGCAAGAGAGAGGAAGCGUGGAGAUCGACACCUCAAACGAAGCAACCCACAGGCUCCUCUCCGAAGAAUACACCACUACCCACACAGCCCUGGUCAUCCAAAAGAAAACCGAAAUAACAAUCACUACCACCGACCUGCCAUCCCCAACACCUUCAAUAACCAUCAGUACACGCCGACUCCGCCGACCGGCACCACCAAGCCGCAUGACAGGGAUAAUCCGCCUGGUCCGCUCCCCACGGCUCCUCACAGCCCUGUACGGCACGUUCCUCAACGAAGCCCUCGUCGCGUCCCUCUGCGCCAUCCUCCCGCUCUACGCCUCCCGCACGUUCCACUGGAACUCACUCAUCUCGGGCCUCUUGUUCCUCACCAUCGCCAUCCCCGGCUUUUGCGGCCCACUCGCUGGGUACCUCGCCGAUAAAAUCGGUGCUCGGCCGGUCGCCAUCGCCGGUUUUCUCCUUACGGCGCCGACUCUCGCGGCGUUACGGUUCGUUGAGGAUGUUGGUGGUAAGGACCAGCUGGGCCAGAAGGUGCUGCUGUGUGUGUUGUUGGUGCUCAGUGGGUUCACGAUUAUCUUUUUCCUGAGUCCGCUGGGUGCAGAUCUGAGUCAGGUUGCGGAUGAUGUGCAGGAGCAGUUGCAGCGAGAGUACGAGAGUCAAUGUUCGUUCAUGUCGAGGAGAUCAAUUUCACCUUCUCCACGAAGGUCCGAGUUCAGUGACAGGGAAGGAUAUAAAGAGCGUGAUAAUGCGGAAGAAUCAUAUUCCGCACCAACGCUGUAUGCGUCGACGUUUAGCAUGAUGAACUGCGCACUUGCUGGCGCAACGGUGUUCGGGCCACUCGUCACGGGAGGUCUGAAUCAGGCUUAUGGUUGGAAGACCGCUACGGCGUUCAUGGGCGUCAUGUGCCUCAGUGGUGCCGUGCCGUGCUGGUUCUUCACUGGGCAGCAGCGGCAGCGGAAAUCGGGGCGGGAGAUGUCGGAGACUGAUUAUAGUAUGGUGAAUGUCGCUGAUAAUGAAAUGGGUCGGGAAGUUGAGAACUUCUCCCGAUGCUCAUUGGACAGCAAUGGCUCGCGAUGA